AAGUAGCGAAUCUGGCACAUAAAGAAGUCCGCUUCAAGCUCCAACUAACUACUUCAUCAAAUCUUAUAAAACCAACAACAAACACUUCCAUUAGAAUUUGUGAUCUUAAAAUGGACAAAAGUAAUACCAAAAGCAGAGAAAAAAACAAGACUAAGAUAGGCCAAUGCACUAUUACUACUGGCUUUGGACUUGGAGGGUUGGUUGUGGUUGGUGGAGCCUUGGCUGUGGCUGGUUUAGCGGCCGUUUAUGCUAUCAGGAGAUACAGAAAGAAAGGUUGUACUAAAACAUCCGAAGAAUGCUUCAAAUUUUGUCCAAAGAAGAAUGAAGAUCAUGGUGGAUUGCAAUCUCUUCUUGAGACAUCUUCUCCAACUCCUCUUGACAGUUCAAGCCAAUCAUCAAACCAUGAAACUUCAGACACGAGCGUGUUGGUGACCCAGGAAAUGAUAAAUUCUACUGAAUUGGAGAUACCAUCAGAGGAAACCCUCCAAUUAGAGGAGGGAGAGGAUGCUAAGAUUGAUCGGCAAUCAGCUGAAGACGAAGAAGAUGAUGAGUUGGGGUACGAAGUGGUUAACAACAGUGAAAGUUCCGAAGGUCAGUUUUCCAUGGAAUCCAAAGGCGAAGUAAUAAUGCCAGCAGAUGACAAAACAGAGGAACAAACAGAAAAACAUACUUACUUUAAUAAAAUCAAUGUCGUUUUCAACAAUACAGUUGUCCAAGAGUUAAAAAGAACAGAGGAGAAGAUUAAGGAGUUGGAAAUGAUAGGAGAAGAAGUGAGGUCCUACAGGUUAUUUGUUAGGAUUUUGUUCAUGUUGAUAAUUCUAUUGCUGCUGCGUUUUCCCCUGCUUCUGGUAAGCUACUUCUGCAGUUCUUUCCUUGUUCAGUGAAGUUCAAAGCGCUGUUGUAAAACAUUCAACCUAAUUGUGAUAAAACAAAAAGAUCUUGUAUAUGACUAGUGUGUUACUAGUAAAAAUAAACAAAAUAAAUAAAUAAAUAAUAAGAAGCAUUUAUUAUGAUUUA